GGCCUAGAAAUGAAAUCUGGAUAAAAUAGCCCAAGCCCAUAAAUGUGAAUGACAAAAAGGCAAAAGAGAAUUUCACAGAGUGAGGACAAUUCUUGGGAGAACUUGGAUCGAAGUAAAUUAUCAACAUUCCAAUUGAAAACAGGGAAAGAAGGCUGAAAUGGAGACGGCAGGUGGAGGUGGAAUCACAGAAAAUAGGGAUAUGGAGAUGGAUGUUGAUGAUAUGGAUUCUUUGUUUGAAGGGAUGGUGCUUUUUACACCAUCCCAGUUGGUAGAAGACCGUGAAUUAGAACAAAAGCAAGAUCUUGAUCAUCCCAAACUUGAACUCAAACCUGAACCUGAACCCGAACCCGAACCCAAACCCGAUUCACUAAAUUCAAAGCAGCAGCAUCAAGGGAUUCAGGAGCCCCUUGAUGAGAAUCUGUUCUCUGACCUUGUUCUUCAAACCCCACUCGAUCAGCCUGAACUCCAACCCGAAGCCAAACAUGAACCUGAACCAGGGCCACCUUCUGCAACUGCCUUCGUUCGGCAGACAUCUUCAACUUUUCGAAAGAAAAAGAAAGCUACUGGAUUCAGGAUUGGAUAUGGUAGAGAUCACCAGAUUAAUAAUAUUGAUGCUGAUGGUCAUGGUACUGGUACCGGAUCUGGGAUUGGAUAUGGUACAGAUGAUCGGAUUGAUGAUAAUUUGAAUAGUCACAAUGUUAACGAUCAUGUGCAACCAUCUCCUUCUCUUCAUACCAGUGCGACUACAAGUACUACAGUAUCAUUGGUUUCAGAGUCUGAUUCAGAACUUCAUCAAGUCCAGGCUCAGCAGCAACAGCAACAACAACAACAACAACAAUCUGUUGAUGAUGCUGAAUCCCGAUUUGAGCUAAUCAAGGCCCGGAUUUUUGAUAAGCUCAACCAUGCUCGUGAAUUGGCUGUCUCCGUAUCUGCAGCUCGGAAGGACUCCAUCAGGAGGAGAAGAAAGGCUGCUGAUGAUCUUCAUUUAGCGACUAUUGGACAUGGGGAGCUUGAAAAGCAAUUGGAGGAUGCUUGUGAAGCUGAAGAUUUCGAGGCUGCUGAUAGGAUCAAUGAGAGCCUUGCUGCUGCUGACAAGGAUAAACAAUCUCUUCUUACUGCUCUUCGAGAUGCUGAGGCUCAAUGCAAUGCUAUUGAUUCCAAAAUGCUUGAGGUUCUCAACUGCCAGAUUGCAGUUGAGGAGGAGUGUGCCACUUUGCUCCAUGGUUUCUCUGAGGAUGCUAUGAGUAAUGCUGAUUCGGUUUUCAAGAAAUCAGAAGCUCAAUCCUCAGAAGAAAGGGAGAAAUGGCUUUCUUCGACUGAAGCCUUGGAGUUGAACAAGAUAGAAUUACAAAUUGAGGCACAUUUAGUAGACAAUGCUCGUGCGGCAUUCAACACUUCCCUUGACAGCUUGAUUGAAGAUGAUAAGAGAGAAAAAGAAUUUCUCUGUAAUCAAAAGGAUAUCUUGACCGAUGAACUGCAAAAACUAAUUGCCUUAGUGACAGAAAAGGAAAAGGAAAUUGCCGAAAAUGAUUCUAAAAUGAAACAAGUAGACCAAAGGAUUGCUGAUACAAUAUCUGGGUUUCAAGAGAUGCAAUCAAGCAUUGACUCCAAGGAUGAAAGCUUACAAUCUCAUCUUUCCCAGAUGGAAACAGACAGUGAAACUCUAUCAAAGAAAAAGGAAGAAAUCGACAAACUCCUUGCUGAAGAAAAAUAUAGGGGUAUUAAACUCAAGGAACUUGCCGAGAUUUCUUUAGGAGAAGCAAAAAUGUACCAGGAAGUUGUUGGACUAAGAAAAAGUUUGCUAUCCUCUGUUUUGAAGUCAAUGGAAGAUAAAGUGAGGCUCGCAAAGACCGAAGAGAAGCUUUCUAAGGAUGUCCAAAUACUUCAACUUGAGGCUUCUACAGCGAGAGCCUCCUUGCAGGAAUUAUCUUCAACAAAAUCGAGCAUUCAGCAAAAUAUAGCAUCUUUAAAGCAGAGGAUCUAUUUCAUAGACAAAAUGGUUCCGGAGCUCGAAGCAGAAAAGAAGGUUGCUGCUGCUUCGAGAAAUUUCAAGGAAGCUGCACGAUUAGCUGCUGAAGCAAAAUCUUUAAGCACUGAAAAGGAACGUGUACAGAUCGAAAUGGACAAAGCCGUGUUGGAUCUUGGGAAACUGGAGGAAGAGAUAAAGCGUACUAUGGAUAAAUUGCAGGAAAUUGAAGGACUGAUUUUAUCGAAAGAAAAAGAACUGGCAAUGGCUAGGUUCCAGAGGUUACUUCUAAUUGCUGGUGCUGCUAAAGCAGAACGAUCAGCAGCUCUAGAGUUGGGUGAUGAGGAAGAGGCCAACCUUCUACUUGCAGAGGCUGAUGCAGCUAAUUCUGAAGCAAAAGAGCUUCAACCAAAAUAUAAUCUGAAAGAAGAAGAAUUUGAAGAUUUACCGAAACACUUCAUCUCCCUGGAACUUGUAACACGCCUUGGCCGUACGAAAUUAGCAGAUUUGGCUGCAAUGUCCGGUGCCUGAUGAUUAGGGUAGCUUUUUUAUGCUUAUGGAUUCAAAAACCAACUUGCCUUCUUCAGUGCGAAGUCUGGGUUUGCCAUUUUUCUCUUCUGCAGCUCCGCAUAAUUUCUUAAUGCUUCUUCGAAAACAACACCAUUUGGGGCACCACCCUGGAUCAUGUUUUGCUUUUAACUUUCCAUGCCUGCUUUGGGUCAUUCAAUGCAUGCAACCAAAAUGAUGGAUCUUUGGGAAGUGUAGUGUUGAAAGCGAAUACAAGGAUUUGAGAACCAGGCAUUGCUUCUGAAAUCAUGCUUCUAAAAUGGGUGGAUAUGGGAAUGGAAGAUCUAUGUGCCAGUUUCAUCAACAAAGCUAAAGGUGAUAACAAGUUUGUAUUCUGAAUCUAAUUUUCAUGUUAAUAUAUAUAUAAAUCUUGAUCAGGCAAAAUGCUGAGUACAGUGCUGGUUUCUCUUAUGACAUUUUGUUGUCGUUGAAUUUGUUCUUGAGAAAUUCAUUGCAAAUUUCAAAAUUCUGGAUGAUUUCCAACAUUGCUUAAAACAAA